CGGACUUGAAUGUAUACGCGCGUGUGGACCCACCAUGAAGAGCAGUCAUAUGAAAUAACGUAAAGUAACUUCUCGUUCUGGAAACGGCAAAACGGUUGAAUCAUACCGAAAUUUCUUGUCUCCACAGCCCCAGUUUGGUCCCACGUUUCUCACCGACUUGUCCAAGACGUACGGUGACGUCAUGUGUUUCCGGAUCGCCAGUAAACUGCACGUUGUGAUCAGCGGGCACGACGCGAUACGGCACGCGCUGGUCACCAGGGCUGACGACUUCUCCAGCCGGAAGGUGCCGCCAACAACCGCCUACAUCCGCGGAGACGGGACGUCCAGCAAAGCAGCUAAAGGAGUUCUGUUCGCCGAGUACGGACCGGAUUGGAGGCAGCAGCGGAGGUUUGCCCUGAAGACCCUACGAGACUUCGGCGUCGGCAAGCGGAGCCUGGAGGGGAAGAUCUAUGAGGAGGCCGCAGCUCUUAGUCAGGAGCUUGUGGCGAAAGACGGCCAGCCGUUCAACAUCAAGCCAUUGUUGCAAAACUCUGUUUCUAACAUCAUCUGCUCCAUCGUGUUCGGAAAGCGGUUCGAAUAUGGCGACCCCGAGUUUUUGCGAAUCAUCACCUUGUUGAACAACUUGGUAGAUUCAAAACCCGGGAGAGAUAUUCUCGUUAACAUCCAUCCCGUAUUUCGCCACAUCCCCUUCGUCUCCCAGGAAGAGAAGAAACUUACCAAGAACACUUUAGAAAUGCAGGAGUUCUGCAGUCAGCAAGUUCAACAGCACAGGGAGACCUUUGACCAUAACGACAUCCGGGACUUCAUCGAUGCCUUCCUACUUGAACAGCGGCACGCCGGAGGAGACCAGGCACGGAAUGGUUUCACGGACAAGCAGCUACAGGAGGUACUGUUGGACCUGUUCCUGGCUGGUACCGAGACCACCUCCACUGCCAUAGGCUGGGCCCUGUUCGACAUGCUGUUGUAUCCAGACAUCCAGGAAAAGGUACAUCAAGAGAUCGACUCUGUUCUGGGACAGGCUGUUCCGUCCUACGCCCUCCGGGACAAGAUGCCCUACACAACAGCGACCCUAGCGGAAGUACAGCGCAUCAACACCAUAUUACCGUACAGCGUCCCACAUGCAACCUCCACGGACACCACUCUGAACGGUUACUCCAUCCCAGAGGACGCAAUCAUCUUGGUGAACCUGUGGUCCGUGCACAUGGACCCUCAGCUGUUCCCGGAACCGGACAAGUUCAACCCCGACAGGUUCCUGGAUCAGGACGGGAACUUCACCAAACAUCCGGCCCUGAUCUCGUUUUCUAUCGGGCCUCGCGUGUGUCUAGGGGAGCAGCUGGCCAGGAUGGAACUUUUCGUCCUUUUCGUCUCCUUGAUGCAGCGCUUCACCUUCCAACUGCCAGAGGGCGCCCCUGCACUGUCUACCCCGGGAAAGAUGACCUCCUUGAUCAACAUGCCACAGCCCUACGAACUUUGUGCCGUAUCACGUGGCUAGCUAACUCUAAUCCAGUAUCUGUAACAUUUGGAGGCGAAUCUUUCAACAAGUGCAAUACUAGAAAUGAGCUCUAGAUGUUUAAAAAACAGGCGUAAACACUUUGAACAAGCCGGAACCUUACAUCUGCUCGGAGAUGAGCACCUGCUCCUACUAUAUCAUAGCCGUACAUAUACUGUUCCGUAAACACACCGCGUUACGUGUAAAGACCACAGGGAUAAGUGUAAGGGUCCGCUUUUUACUCAGGUCUUCGACGUGACCUUGAAUAAGCAACGAAUGCAUAACAUUCCAAUAAUUCAUAUCAUAUCAUGAUUGUAUUGUAGCCUAUUUUUGAGAUGACCAUGACGAGUGGUAUUUACAGUAUAUGAAAAUGUAUAUAUGGAGAAAUAUAGCACAUGAUAAAAAAAGGAAUUCUUGGCAGCGGUGGGAUUCGAACCCACGCCUCCGAAGAGACUGGUGCCUUAAACCAGCGCCUUAGACCGCUCGGCCACGCUACCUACAUGACGUCGACCACGACAUAUUUUCAUCCUCAGCACAAUUUUAGGAAAACUUGGAUCACAGCCAAAACACCAGCGCCACCAAAUGGUUAUAAUACCGGACUUGAGAGGGAAAAAUUGUCUUCCAAUUGCCAGGAUAGAUGAAGGAUAAGAUAAAAAUGUCAUCUGUGGAAUAGGGCUGCUUUUUUUGUAAAUUUAUCUUAUGCACUAUGUUGAACUUAUAUAUCCUACUAUGUUUAUUUAUUUUCUAUGUGAAUACUUUGAUCAAAGAAUGUUACAAGUAAUCUAUGCAUCAACUAUGUCAUUCUACUGAUAUUUGUUCAAUUUUAUGUAUGUAUGUGGUAACGAUAUCAGCCUGCUGCCAAUGUGUCAACAUUUUAUUGCAAGAUGCAAUUUGAAUAAAGUCAAAUCUAAUCUAUAAUGUCAUAGUUACCAUAUCUAA